AAGGGAUUGAUCCAACAGCAGAGAUAGCUUCCGUUCCGAAUUCAGGAGAGAUGACUUGCUUUCGAUCGGCGUCCGUGUCGAAGAGAGCGACAGAGUCAACAAUGCUWUUMAUGGUCCUGGCGAUGUUGUGUCGCUUCGUUGUGCUGUUSUCCGCUUCUUCCAUCUUGCCUGUUUCGGUUUUGGCAGCGUCGUCCGCGGCGACAGCAYCCMCAUCAUAUCUAAAGACACAAGACAGCAGGACGGCAGUGGAGCAUGGCGGGAACAAAGACAACAAAAACUACGCAAGGGAAACAAACUCAAGGUUUGAAAGUUCUGACACGACCAAAAAAACUAGCUUUCACAACAUUGUUGUUCUCGAUCAAACGAGAGUUUGUUUGUCGACGAGAGGAGGCCAGCAAGAACUGCAGCCCCAAACUUCUGACGAAGACGUUGAAUCAACUGUCACAGACAGUAACAGUGACGAAWAUGUAUCGGAAGWGAAAGAAUACAGCGAGACCGAUGGCAACUACGAUGACGACGAUCUGUUUUUCGACGACGAUUCRUGCGAAUAUAACGACGACGAGGYWGUUGAUUCGGAAACCAACAAGCGACAUCGUUUCCGCAAGAAGCGAAAACUUCGAUUCUUGAAUCGCAUCGUCAAGGUCACUUCUCUCUUGCUACGAAAGGAUGUCGAGGCGACACUAGACGCGUACCAGGGAACGCUGUUCCGCAAGAAAGAAAGGCAGGAGAAACAAAAAUCAUACAGCACGGGACUGCAAUACGACGACAAUGAGGAAGAUGACGAGCGAAUCACACAGCAAUCAGAUCUGACACGGCCCGGUCGGUACGUUCAUAUCGUCACCACCGCGGCGCUACCUUGGAUGACAGGAACGGCCGUAAAUCCCUUGCUGCGUGCGGCGUAUCUGCACGAGCGCCUCGAAUACAUCAACAAUAGCAWCAACUACAACGCAACCGACAGCAACACCACCRAAAGUGCCACUGGAAAUGGAAAAUCAUCGUAUGUCACACUGGUGAUUCCCUGGCUAGAAUUGCCAGAAGAUCAGCGCAAGGUCUACAAUGGACGGGUGUUUGAUUCCAAGGACGAGCAAGAGCUUUAUGUCCGCAAUUGGCUGGAGAAUUCGGCAAACAUGCCCGGUGCCGCGGCCAAUCUGAAUAUCGUCUUUUACAACGCUCGUUAUCACGUCGGCCUUGGUUCUGUCUUUGCCAUGGGUGACAUCCUCAGGGAAUUGCCAACCGACGAGCUAGACGUUUGUGUCCUUGAGGAACCMGAACAUCUCAACUGGUUUCGGGCUCCUUCUAUGGAAUCCUGGACCAAGCGGUACAACUACGUGGUGGGCAUCGUUCAUACCAACUACGAUCAGUACGCAUCCCAACACUAUUCGGGUUUAAUGACCGCUCCGGCCAUUCGAUUGAUGAGCGCGGCAAUGGUCCGGGCCUAUUGCCACAAGGUUAUUAAACUUAGCGCUGUYGUCCAGGAKUUUGCGCCCGAAAAGGAAGUUGUGAGCAACGUCCACGGUGUCCGGGAAGAAUUCAUUGUGGAUUCUGUUGUUAGCGUGGAAACAGAGGAAGAAGUCRCAAUCGCAAGAGCAGAAAACAUCAGCGACGAUGUGACUACUAAUGUCACCGAUUCCUUGGCUCGGAACGAAUCAUCGUGUAGCACCGAGGAGCCAUCUCCACCACAAGCUGAGGUAUACUUUAUCGGAAAACUACUCUGGACGAAGGGGCUCGAUAUUUUGCUCGAAUACCAAGAGUUGUACAAGGGUGUUGUUGGAGAAUAUUUUGAAAUCGAUAUCUAUGGGAGCGGACCGGAUCAGCGUGAAAUUUCUCGCGCKUAUCUGGGGCGACAGYCAUUCAAAAAAAGUAAUAAUCAAAGGAAUCAAAGCCAAAGAUUCGCGAAAAAUACGAAGGGUAUGAAGACGGUAUUCGAAAAGACUUCUAAACAUGCCUUUGUCCGGGCAUUCAAGUGGGUGAAUCGACGAAGACGAAGSAAACGCAGCAAGUGGAACAAACGAAACAUUGAUAACACGACGAAGACUCAGAACUAUGACAACGAUACAGGCCAUACGUACAGCGGCAUCGACGACGAAAACAAGCGCACCAUCGCAAUCGAACGUAUAAACAAUGAUGUGAUGGAUGUGAUGGARUCGCUCCCUGUGAAAGCCAGGGAAUCCAUUGAUGGCAUGUCCUCGCAAUUAAAGGAAUCCUUGAAUAAGCUUAGCGAAGACGUCACCAAAGCCCARCAAUCCGUUGUGGGUCUUCCAGCGAAGACACGGAAGGUCGUKAACCAGCUGAUUGAUGACAUUACAUCGAGGGCCAACACCUUUCCUCUWCCCCGUAGUCUCUAUGAGUUUCGCCGCCAGUCCAUUCCGGCCACGUUUCCUGGCCGGGUUGACCACGCGAUUCUCAAGGGUAACGCCACGGACGCUUCUCAAUACAAGGUUUUUGUCAAUCCCUCCGUGUCGGAGGUCUUGUGUACCACCACRGCAGAAGCGCUUGCAAUGGGAAAAUUCGUCAUCAUUCCGGUGCACCCUUCGAACCAGUUCUUUCUAAACUUUCCRAAUUGCCUCGGUUACCGAACCCCAUACGARUUUGUUGCCAACCUGCGCUGGGCUCUGACGCACGAUCCAGUCCCACAUACGGAGGAAGUAAGGCAACGAUUUACUUGGGAGGCGGCGACGGACCGCUUUUUGGAGGCUUCCAGCAUCACCCACAAGGAAGCAAGAGACCGUGAACUGCUGGGCAGGUCCAAAAUUGACGAACGCAUUGCUUGGUUGCACAGAGAGAUGGGAAAGGGUGCCAAGGGAGAUAUCCUCCGGAAGGCACUGGGGGCCGGGCCCGUCGCCGGCCAGGUCCAGUACGAAAUGAGGCAAUCGGGAAAUGCUACUGCAGCUGAUAACGAGGAGGAGGACGGCCUGGAAGAGGGGGGCUUAUCUCGAAAGUUUCGAAACUCGGUCUUCGUGAAAGCCCUCCUSGAAGCCACCACUUUCACUUCAAUUGAUUAGUGAGGGAGGUGGAACAAAUACCACCAAGUCUACUUUCAUACCCCCAGCAGUACCCAASUGGUUCUUUGKCCGCAUAUUUUCCUCGAGACAUCUUUCUCUUCGAAAUGCAACGAAGAAGUCAACAAAUCCAAGAUGGUUCGAUUCCGUGCCGCAUCAGGGCCACGUGCCCCAGCAGGUUGGGAUUCGCCUMUGUGCUACCAGUAAUCUCCUCAAAGAGAGGUACGACCCAUAUUGCCGUAUGUCUCGAAAGCACUCGUACUCUCGUGCUUCGAGAUGGUCAGCCUGCGCUAACUUCUCACUUGAUACCAUCCACGCACGGCAAAACUACUUCGACCCCAAAAUCGAAUUUUUUCGAAAGAGAACUGAGUUUUUCAUAUCGACUCGAGUACAAUCCGUCAAAUAAUGGUUGUGCUCACAGAAAAUGAUGGGGCUUGCAUCUAAUCGCUUCUAUGAAACAGAAAUGGCAGAAUAAUAUCAACAAGGAGSA